AGCUCCCUCCGUAGCGACCCGGGCGAGGCGUGGCGAGUCUGCCCGGAGGAGGGGCGGGCGGGGAAGCGGCGUGUCCGUCCCCACGUGGCGCUGACGCUUGCCGCUGGGUUCCCGCCGAUCCCAGACCCGGCGCUAUAAAGGCGAGCCGAAGCGCGGAGCAGGCAUCCUCGCCGCCGCCACCAUCACCACCACCAUCACCAGCUUCUCCUCCUCCUCCUUCCUCUUGAGUUGCCUUGCUUGCGUUUGGAGCUGGAAGAGUCCCCCAGUUGGGUCUCUUCGGGCGAAGGUAACUUGCGCGUUGGGGCUCGGGUGGGAAGAUGAGGCGGAGGAAGGAGGGCGGCGGUUGAGGCUCGUGCUUGUCCUCCUCCCGCCAGCCUUCUUUCUCCUCGUCCUGCUGCCUUGCCGCCUCCGAGCCCAGCCGGGUUGAUGUUCCAGGCGGAGGUCGCGUUCGUGGGGCGCGAGGGGGGCUUCUCUGGGGUGGCCCACCUGCGCUCAGGGCACCCUCCGUUGCCCAUGGAAGGCAACGCGAGCCUCAACGGGAGCCAGGGCGGGACUCGAGAGGGGCCCUUCUCCCUCCACGUCACCCUGGCCCUCAUCUCCUUGGCCACCUUGCUCAUGCUGGUCAUCAUCUUCGGCAACGUGCUGGUCAUCAUCGCCAUCUUCACCAGCCGGGCCCUCAAGGCUCCUCAGAACCUCUUCCUGGUCUCCUUGGCGUCCGCCGACAUCCUGGUGGCCACCUUAGUCAUCCCCUUCUCCUUGGCCAACGAAGUCAUGGGCCAGUGGUCCUUCGGCAAGGUCUGGUGCGAAAUCUACACGGCUUUGGAUGUCCUCUUCUGCACCUCCUCCAUCGUCCACUUAUGCGCCAUCAGUUUGGACCGCUACUGGUCCAUCACCCAGGCCAUCGAGUACAACCUCAAGCGCACCCCGCGCCGCAUCAAGAGCAUCAUCUUCCUGGUCUGGGUCAUCUCGGCUAUCAUUUCCUUCCCUCCGCUCAUUUCUAUUAUGAAGCAAGGGGAGCCUGAGGCCCCGCCUGGUGAACCGACGGAGUCAAAAGCCGGCGGCAAGGAGCCUACGUGCAGCAUCAACAAGGAGACCUGGUACAUCAUCUCCUCCAGCAUCGGUUCUUUCUUCGCCCCCUGCCUCAUCAUGGUCUUGGUCUACGUCCGCAUCUACCAGAUCGCGAAGAGGAGGACUCGGGUCCCACCCGGCGACAGGCAGGAGGUUGCAGAGAGGCGGCAGAAUGGACUGUCCGGCAAAGAGGAUGUCACCGCAGCCAGCAAGUUGAAUGGGGAGAAGGUGGCGGUGGCUGGAGGAAGCCAGGACAGGGAGGAGGUCAACGGCAUCGACUUGGAGGACACCUCUUCUUCCGAACACAAUGAGAGCCGUGAGCCCAAGAAGCAGGAGAAGCCACCCCGGGGCAAGGGCAAGACCAAGCUCAGCCAGAUCAAGCCUGGGGAUGUCUUGCCUAGUCAGGCAGAGGAGGAGCGCAACGCCAAAGCUUCCCGAUGGAGGGGCAGGCAGAACCGGGAGAAACGCUUCACCUUUGUCCUUGCGGUCGUGAUUGGGGUUUUUGUCAUCUGCUGGUUCCCUUUCUUCUUUACCUACACCUUGACUGCUGUUUGCGAAAGCUGCUUUGUGCCUGAAACCCUCUUCAAGUUCUUCUUCUGGUGUGGGUAUUGCAACAGUUCCCUCAACCCUGUCAUCUACACCAUCUUCAACCAUGACUUCAGGAGGGCCUUCAAAAAGAUCCUCUGCAGGUUAGACCGAAAAAGGAUUGGCUGAGGAGGAAUGGACCUCCUGGUCUUUGUUGUCUUCGAGCGGUUCAGCUCUGAUUGGACUUUGGAAGUGGGUGGCAUCUCAUUUGGCUACACUUCAAAGACUUCAGGUGAGAUGAAAUGAUUCAAACAUUACCACAACCCUUCAGACCCUGAGUGGAUAUGCUUCUCUAUCCGGUGAUGGAUUGAAAGCUCUUAUUUAUAAGUGUUGUUUCUCCACACUUAUAAACUUGAUACAUUGCAAACUGAAAAGAACCAGUUGGCGGUUCGGCUCGGAUUGGACUUUGGAAGUGGGUGGCACCUCAUUUGUUUACUGAGCUUGAACUCUUCAGAGGACUUCAGGAGAGAGAUCAGCAUUGCAACUGCUUCAGAUCUUUCUUGAAAACGCAAUGUGUCUCUGGAAACUUAAAAACAAAACAACACACCCCAGUGGACUACCGGAGCCAUCUCAUCAAGCAUUAAAAAAACAAUAGUAUUAAAUACCAAGAUUUCCAAUGUGCAGUUGGAUUUUGGGCUAUUAAAAAAACUGGUAACAUAAGCUUGACAAUAGCCAGCGUUUUAUUGUACUCCCUAUAUGUAUUUUUUUUGUUUUUAAUUUGAUGUUUGUGUUGUCUUUUUAUGCAGUAUUGUUACAAAGCUGUAUCUCCUUUUUUACCAUCCACUGAAAGAAGGAAUGUUUUUUUGUGUGAAAAAGAUCCGAAGCACAGAAUCUGUCACAAGGACAAGCUGGUUUCUAACUUGUUAUGCUCAAGAGGAAUUAGAUUCUCAAAAGGUUAUAUGAUCAAGUGCUCUGGCUUUCCUCUGAUGUAUGUUCGAUGCUAACGUAUCGCCCUGGCCUGUGGUUGUAAAUAGAUAACGUCGUAUAGGAUGCCCUUUGUUUUACUUUGCAGUGUUACCAGAUUUACAUUGAUUUUUUUUAACAUUUUCAUUUGUGUUGGCUCUCCUGCACAAGAAAACUCCAUGCACAAGGACACUUUGUAGUUGUUUGUUUAGAAGCAACCAUAGAAACAUCCGUUUUCCUUCUCCUAGUUUCAGGUUUCAUGUGUCAAAUUUGAUUUAUUCUCAAGCGAAUGUAAAACAUAAAUGUAAAGUGGGCAUAAUGGAAGCAUUUUUCGGUCUAUGACUUCACAGAACAGGAAGAAACUGAAUAAUUUUUGGGUUGCUUUGAGUUUUCUGGGCUGUAUGACCAUGUUCCAGAAGCAUUCUCUCCUGAUAUUUCACCCACAUCUAUGGCAGGCAUCCUCAGAGGUUGUGAGGUAUAUUGGAAAAUAGGCAAGGGCGGUUUACGUAUCUGUGGAAGGUCCAGGGUGGGAGAAAGAACUCUUCUCUGUGAACAUUGCAAUUAAUUACCUUGAUUAGUAUUGCAAAGCCUUUCAGCUUCAAGGCCUGGCUAAUUUCUACCUGGGGGAAUCCUUUGUUGGGAGGUGUUAGCUGGCCCUGAUUGUUUCCUGCCUGGAAUUCCCAUUUUCUGAAUGUUGUUCUUUAUUUAUUGUCCUGAUUUUAGAGUUUUUUUAAAAAAAUACUGGUAGCCAGAUUUUGUUCAUUUUAAUAGUUUCCUCCUUUCUGUUGAAAUUGUCCACAUGCUUGGACCUUCCGCAGAUAUAUAAUUCUUCCUUGCAUAGUUUCCAAUAUACAGUACCUCACAACCUCUGAGUAUGCCUGCCAUAGAUGUGGGUGAAACAUCAGGAGAGAAUACUUCUGGAACAUGGUCAUACAGCCCAGAAAAGUCACAGCAGCCCAUGAAAGCUUUCGACAACACAUUGAAUAACUUUUGUUCAUGAUCUUUCAGCUUGUUCUCCCUAGUGCUAAUAAUUCAAUCAUAUUAUAUAACAACCUUCUGAAGGUUAUUAUUGAAGUGUGGGCAGGGAGGGAGGGAAGGAGGAGUAAAAAAGCUUCCCCCUACCAUGGCAACCUCCAUACGUGUUGGACUACAUAUCUCAUCAUCCCCAUCAGCUGAGAAAUCCUGGCUGAUGGGGGUUUUAGUUCAGUGAAAGCUUGAACAUGAGAACAAUAUUAAAUUAAAAUAUUAAAAUAACUAAGUACAGUAAUGAUGGAAAACAAACAAACACAUGACUGUGAUGCUUCCUGUUUUCUUUAAUGUAAGUGAAGUUAUGUGGAUUACUAAAAUGCCACAUUUCUUUGGAACACAGUGGAAACCCCUUAUUUCUCACUUUUCUAGAACUCUACGAGAGCUCUCUAAUGUUAUUGUUGCCUCUUAGGUUUGAAAUACCCAUCUGAAAGUCCUCUUCGGUUUUCAAAAAGCAGGGCUGUAUUAAGCAGAACGAUAGGGGCAUGUGCACAACUUUGAAACUGUAUGGUUGGUCGGACCUGAUACAAAUGUUUACAUAGCAUGUUUUUAAUAUGAAAUUUACAGGGUUUUUUUUUAAAGUAAUCUAUGUAGAAAAGGAACAAUUUUUUUCUAGCAGGAAGGAUAACUUUCUUCGGUCGAAAUGCAUAUUGCUGUACACAGGGUUGUCAUCUAUUUCUGAAAUGUGCAGAACCAGACCAGCCCUUUGUAUAAAGAUGCAUGCACAGAACUUGUAGUUCUUGGGCUACAACUCCCAGAAUUUCUGAGCCAGCAUGGGACUUGUAGACUAAAAAUAACUUCCCAGAGUACCAAAAAAAUGAGCCUCCGAUGCCACUGUAAUAACGUCGAGACGUGUAUUUAUAAAUGGAUCAGGGUACAGGAAUGGUAUUUAUUUAUACCCUCCCUUGCGCUGCUUUUUAGAAUGUAAACAUCUUCUUUUCACAUUGUUAUCUUUUUGCAUUAUGGUGAAAUUAUGAGUCAAUAUCUACCUAUGUAAUUUCUCCGCAUCGUCUCAACUGAAAUCUGAAUUGUCUGAAUUUGAACGUUCACUUCUUCCCAGUUAAAGAUUUGGAAAAUGAGAAGUUUUGCUUUCCUCCCGAGGCAAAGCCGCCUACGUCGCUGUUCCCUCCAAUGACGUCUUAUAGCAGGAGAGGAAGGGAGAGCAAGAGGGCACCUCAGCUCUUUGGCUUGGUGAUUUCAUGACCAUUUCACAGGACAGAUUGGCCAACGUAAGCGUGGGCUCCUAGCCUUGCAAGAGUUUCUGUCUGGUGUGGAGUUCAAGUCUUUAAUUGGAAUUCAUUCUGUAAUAAUGCUGUCAUAAUCCCUCACAACAUAUUUAAAUAGGAAAACCCCUUUUCCCUGCUUUCUUUUGUAAUGUCCCUUAAAUCAGAAAAGACAAUCUUUUAAAUUUGUUGCCUUAUGAUGUCAGAACAGAUAAUGUUCAAACUCUAAGGUACAACAUAGAGGAAAGUUAAAUGGACUUAAACACUGGAUUUAGUUUGUAUACGACAUUUUGUCUGGAAACUCUAACACUUCUAAGUUUUCACCCAAAGUAAUGAUUUUGCACAAGUGUGAUAUGCCACUGCUUUGAAAACAGAACUCCCUUACCUACAUGAAUGUCUUUUUUCCCCAACUACUUGCAACAGGGAAGGUAUUUUGUUACUCACAGUCUUUUCUAUGUUCAGAAGUUGGCCUACCACCAAAAUGAAUGGAGUCUAUAAAUGGCAGAGUUUGGGAAAUAUAUUUUCUGGAUUGCAAUUCCCAGUCUCCCACUGAUUCUGUUGGCUGGAGAAUUCUGGGCAUUGCAGUCCAGAAAAGUUACAUUUCUCUACGUGUGUGUUUAGGUAUUCUUUGGCCUAUUCUUUAGUGAUUUUGUACAAGUGUGAUAUGCCUCUGCUUUGAAAAAAGAGCUCCCUUACCUACACAAAUGUCUUUUUCCCCCAACUACUUGCAACUGGGAAGGUAUUCUGUUACUCACAGUCUUUUCUAUGUUCAGAGAUUGGCCUACCACCAAAAUGAAUGGAGUCUGUAAAUGGCAGAGGUUGGGAAAUAUAUUUUUCUGGAUUGCAACUCCCAGUCUCCCACUGAUUCUAUUGGCUGGAGAAUUCUGGGCAUUGCACUCCAGAAAAGUUACAUUUCUCUAUUUGUAUGUUUAUAUAUUACUUAACCUGUUCUUUAAGGUGACAAUCUUUUAGGUUGGUUAAGUCUGUAAUAUCCUAAGUGAGGAUUUAAUUUAUGCUAUCAGAAGGAUCUUAUGUAAAGAAUGCAGGUUGUCUCUUUGUAGAAUUUAUUAUAUGACGUCCAAUGUAUGCAUUUAUGAAGCAAAUAGAACAUGCCUUAUGCUGGGAAUUCUCUCUCUCUCCCCCCCCCCCUUUUCUUUUCUUUUCUGGAAUGUGUUUUUAAAUCAGAGGUGCACCUGGUGCAAACCCAUCGAUCCAUGCCUUUUGUGCUUUCUAAGAGAAUGAUAAAUGUAUACCAAAAUGGCCAUAAUGUUUUUUAUGAAAUAAUAAAAAAUGUUUACACAUCAGAAAGCA